GCAUACACCCAAGCUUACGAUAUCAUUGUGUUCGUGAGAUUCUCCGUUCAAAUUGAUAAAAUCACCGUUUACCAUUGCAGUAUUACUUUUAACAGUGUGUGAUCGAGUCGCAUACGAUGUGGAAGCUAAUAGUUUUAUUUAGUAUUGUUACUGCUUCGCCUAUUGACUUUUCCGGUGUAGAUUUGAACCCAAUUAAUCAGUUUGCUUUUAAAUUAUUAAAUAAUGUGUACGCCUUCCAAGAUAAUUUUGGACAGAAGAAUAUUGCAAUUUCUCCUGUAUCUGUUUGGAGUUUAUUCGCAUUAUUAGCGGAAGGUUCAACUGGGGACACAUUUAUUGAGCUGAUGAGAGAACUACGUUUGCCAAAUGAUCUUCGAGGAACACAUGAUCUCCAUUCAGCUUUAUUGAAUGUUUUGAGAAGUAAUGAUGGAGAUGUGAUAUUAAAAGGACAAUCCGCGAUGUUUGCGGACCAAACACUCAAUAUACAUCAGGAAUUCUGCCAAUCAGCAAAUUACUACAAGACCGAUGUAUAUUUUGUUGACCCUAGUAAUAGUACAAGACUUGCUGAGGAUAUUAAUUAUUACAUUUGUGUUGCAACUGAAGGAAGGAUAAGAGAAGCAGUAAAAGCUAAGCACCUUGAGCAAUUAAGAAUGAUACUAAUAGAUGCGUUAUAUUUCAAGGCUAGCUGGACUCACCCAUUCGAUCCAACGCAAACAAAAGAAGAAGCAUUCUACAACUCACAAGGAAAAACUAUCGGUGCAGUUAAUAUGAUGUAUCACAAAGCACCACAUAAUACUGGAGAUUCUAAUUUAAUUGGAGCUCAAAUCAUAGAAAUGACUUACGGUAAAAGUGAGCAAUUUGCAAUGCUUAUACUUCUUCCGUUUGAUGGCAUGCCAUUAUCCAGAUUGCUGGAUAACUUAGCAACACAGCCACUAGACUGGCUUUCAGAAUUCAAAUCUGGCGGAAACUUACCAGAAAUAGAUUGUUAUAUACCACGCUUUAAGAUCUCCGCUCAAACUGAUCUAAUUCCCCCGCUACAAUAUACAGGGAUACAGAGAAUAUUUGAUCGUGAAAAGGCAGAAUUGCCCGGAGUUUCUGAUAGUCCAUUGUAUGUCUCUAAGACUCUUCAAAACGUUGAAAUAGAAGUAACUGAAGAAGGCACAAUUGCUGCAGCGUCUACUGUGGUUGGUUUAGAGGACCGGAUUCUGGGACAAAGAUUUGAAGCGAAUAAGGAGUUUGUGUUUGUGGUCAUGGAUAGGUCGAGUAAUUUAGUUUUAUUUUCUGGUGUGUAUGCUCAGCCUGAGAUUGUUUGAUUGUGAUUAGACUGAUAAUAAAUAGGUGAACAAUAUUUUGUUUUUGUUUUAAUUUUUUGUUCGCCUCUGCUUGGAAAUUUCGGGUGUGCAAUAAAGUCUUGUUUUUGUUUGUUUAUCACAAAAUUUUACAUAAUACAAUUUUAUAGAUAUCUACAUUACAUAAUUUAUAAUGUAUGAAAAAUUGUCCACGCGUUUUUCAAUUUAAAAAUACGAGUUUUAGUAAGCGAGGCCGAAUAAUUGAUUUUUAGAAUUUUUGCCUGUUGAUCAGUUUAUUUGUGCUGCUUUUGCACGCACAGAAAUGGAUAUUGCAAUUUAUGACAUAUAUCCCCUUGACAGACUCUUGGACAAAUAUAUAUAUUUUUAAUAAUAGGGUUCCUCUUCGUUACCUUUUGGAUAGGAAACCUUGAAAACGAGUUGAUGUUUGUAUUUUUUGUACCGCGACGUUUCAUCAAUUUCGUUCUCCAAUUUUAUAUUCAAGGUGCUGUCAUUAGCAAAUUAAUAAAGAAUAUUAGGACAAGGUUA